AUGUCUGCCAGCCCCAACACCAGCAGCACCAGCACCAGCAUCCCGCGCGCCACCGGCCCGCCCAAGAACCGCGUCCCGACCUACCUCGCCGUCGGCGCGGCCGCCAUCAUCGGCUACUACUUCUACACCGCGGGCGGCGACGCCAAGGUUGCCGGGAAGGAGAUGAAGCACGACGCCGCCUCCGCCUCCUCCACAGCCCGCGACCAGCUCCCCGGCCGCGGAAAAGAGCUCAAGACCUCCGCCGAAGAGGCGCUCGCCCGGGUAGGCAGCGAGGUGGACUCCACCGUCCGCGAAGGCAAGAACCGCAUAGCGCAGGGCCAAAAGGUGCUCGAGGAGACCAAGGACCGCGCCGGCAGCAAGAUCAUGGGCACCAUCGACCAGGCCGACCUCAAGCUCGAGGAGGAGGCCGGCAAGGCGAAGAAAAGCGUCGGCGGCUGGUUCGGGGGGAAAUAG